AUGAUUUCUGGUACCCUGCUGGCUUUGUCAGGACCUUUUGUUUUUCCAAAGGCUGAUUUGCCCUUUCCCCUGGAAGCCCUUCGGCUAAUUCCUCCCCAGCAAGGACACGUGUACCGAGAGGCCGAGGGCGAUUGGAUAUCGCUAUUCAGGAAUGCUGCACCAUACAUAGCUGCUUUCAGGGGCGGAACCGUCGUAGUUCACUUGCCAUCUUUCAUCUUGGAAGAUGACAUGCGCGAGACCUUCCGCGGGCUCAUGGAGGAUGUGGCCUUUUGCUCCCUGCUGGGAUUGCAGAUGGUCCUUGUCACAUCCAUUGAGUGCAGGCUUUGGCGAAGACUUUCGGGUGAGGCGCUGCCAGCCAACGCGGUCUCCGGCACCAAGGUGGGCAACCGCUUGGCUGGCAUUGUCAUAGAUGAGGAGGCAAUGCGUUGCGCCAAGCAGGAAGCUGGGUUUGCUAGAGUGGAGGUUGAAAGUGCAGUGACUGCAGGCUUCGAGAAGCGCAAUUUGUCCAGCAAAGGCGCCAUUGGGGGGCAAUCAGCAUCUGCAGGCCUGUUUUCUGUUCGUGGAGCUGUCUCUGUUAUCAGUAGUACAAACUUCUUCACGGCCUCUCCCAUGGGUGUCCGUGAUGGCUUAGACUACAUGUACGCGGGUGUGGUCCGCUCUGUCAAUGUUGAGCUUCUACAGCGUCAACUGCAGGAGGGCGCAAUUGUGUCUAUGACUCCUUUGGGGUCAAGCCCCGGUGGUGAAGUCUUUUAUGUGUCGUCUGAAGAGUUGGCUGCAAAAGUGGCCAGCAGAUUGCAGGCCAUCAAGCUGGUUUACAUUACCAAGGGCCAGUGCCUGGUGGACACUCGACAGUCACGCAUCAUUGCAGGCAUGCAAGCUCAUGAUGCUCGCAAUCUACUGCAGUAUUUGGAAAGUGACAAAGCCAACCAAAACUACUCGGAGGAGGAAAGACGAUCGGAUUGGUUCAGCAACUUUGUGCGCAGUCUCAGGUGUCACCCAAAGGAGUUCGUCGGGGACAUCUCGUCCAAGCAUUUCCUGGAUCACUGCUGCAAGAGUUCUACACCACUGAUGGCAGCGGUACCUGUGUGGCCCAGGACGUUUACCAGGGCCUUGGCUGUGCAACGUUGGCAGAUGCUACAUCCAUCAUGGAAUUGCUUGCUGACGCGCAAGAUGAACACCUCAAGCUGGAACAAGUGGAGGCAAGCUGCGCAUCAGGUGAAUUCUUCGUUUGGCGAAGAGACGAGGCCGGGGCGCAGUGUUUUAGUGUGGAAACGAACGGACCGUGGAGUGAUGGCCAUGAGCUCCAUCUCCGCUGAAGCUGCUAUUGCGGCCUACGCGGAGGACUCAAUGAAGCCAUUUGGAUGCCUUAUUUUUGUCGAACGGUGGGCAGAAAUGGGGCUUGCCGUGGAUGCACUCUUCUUCAUAGUGGCCUUUGCUACACCAGUGGCUGUGUCCAUUGGAAUGAUAAGCAAAGCCGACGAUUUGAGCAAAAGCUUCACUUGGCAUCCCAUUCUGAUGUCACUAGCAUUUUCCUGCUUCAUGGUACUAGGCCGAUGGGCUUAUGUGACAGACUCAAUUGGAGACAAGGCUCAACAACGGCCAGUUCAUCGUGCCUUGAUGGUGCUCGCCCUUCUGUUUGCAAUUGGUGGGUAUGUAGCCAUCUUCAUGGCCCACAUAAAGACUCCGACAUUCUUCGGCUACGACUUUGCCAAGCAUAGCUGGAAGGUGGCACCGCGAGUGAUUCAUGACUUCCUGGGUUAUGGAGUCCUUCUGUUAACCUUGACCCAGGCCUCUAUGGGCCUCCAAAAGCUCGCAAAGCUUCAAUCAGGUGUGAAGAUCUUUACUUUCCAUGGGCAGCUAGGAAAGCUGAUCCUGCUUUUGGCAGCGAUCCAGAUCCUGGUGGCCUGUUACCUUUGGAUUUGGUCCACUGGCUACAAGGUCCUUGUGGCCGUCCUCGCUGUUGGAGCAGCUCUUUGUGGAACCCUUUUCCCUCACAUGGCCCAAGAGCGACAGCUGCUCUCGUCGAGAGCUUAA